AUGACGUCCAACUACGUCAAGAAUCGACUGCCGUCACCUAGAGUCGUACACAAGACCCCGUUUGAGAUUGCCUACAACUUGAAACCAAGCGUCAAGCACACGCGAGUAUUUGGGUGUCAGACGUACAUACUGACGCCAAAGGAGAAGCGACUCAAGUGGGAUGCCAAGGCUCGUGCAGGUGUUUUCGUGGGAUACGAAGAAGUUUUAAAAGCGUAUCGAGUUUACGACAUCGAGACAGGACAAGUGGUUAUCAGUCGCGAUGUCACCUUUGACGAGUCCACCUUUGGACUUCCGCUGCUGAUCACUGAUGAAGAUGCCGAUGACCUGGACUUCGAAUUGCUUGACCUCAAUGAUGAAGAGCCGCGUCUGGUGGAGUACAAGCAAACAGGCAAGCGCAAAAACCGCCUCAGUGAUGAAGAUACAGCAGCUCCACGACCGCGUGCAGUGCGUCAACGAACAGGACUAGAAAAGUCAAGCGCGCCGGAAAGCAACUCGUCACGCCAAGAAGAAGACGAAGAAACGAAGGAUUCUGAUGAAUCAACUCCGCCUGUGUUUUGUUGUGCGAAGCUCGAGUCAACGCGACUUCGCAGUGUGUUUUGUGCCGCCAAGCUUCCCAACGGACAACGUGCCAUUGUCACAAAGUGGGUGUUCAAGAUCAAGCUCAAGGCGGGUGGGUCAAUUGAGAAGUACAAGGAACGACUUGUGGCCAGGGGCUCUCGCCGAAAGUAUGGCAUCGACUACACGGAUACAUUUUCGCCUGUGUAUUGUGUGUUGACGGUUGAGGUACUGCUAUCAGCUACCAUGGGAACCGUAAACCUGUCCAAGUCGAUCCCGCGUAAUUACGGUGAGUUUUAA